AUGAUGUUUCCAUGUUCAUUCAAGCUCCCCAAAUCACCACCCUCGUUCACCUCCCAUGAGCCCAUAAUGUCGCCCCCAAAAGACGCCAAUCCGCAGCCCUCCAAAUCCAUCUCCAGCACAUCAAAUCCAUCUCCACCGCCUCAAAGCUCCAACUCCAGCAAUCCUUCCGUCAUCAAAGGCGCCUCCCUGCUCAUCAUCCUCCAAGUCGCCUCUCGCCUCAUCACCUUCAUCGCCAACCAGCUUCUCCUGCGCUUCCUCACCGCUCCUCUACUAGCUCUCUCCACACAGCUCGAAGUCUACUACCUCUCCAUUCUCUUCUUCGCCCGCGAGAGCCUGCGAGUGGCCAUCCAGCGGCAGGGCAUCGCAGGAGCUGCAAACACCGAGGAUGGCGCCCAAACAGACGAUGCUGCUGUUGCACGGAGGGAAGGACAGGCGGUGGUGAAUCUGGGGUAUCUCGCCGUUGGACUGGGCAGCGUCGUCAGCGUGACCUUGGGAUGGAUGUAUCUCGCGUCUGCUUCCGCGACGACUCUCCAGACGCCUUGGUUGGUCGAGUCGCUUUGGCUCUACGGCAUCGCCGCCAUGGUCGAGCUCCUGUCCGAGCCGUGCUUCGUCUUGAUGCAAACGCGUCUACAAUUCGGCACUCGCGCUACAGCUGAAUCCGUCGCCACUUUUCUUCGUUGCAUCGUCGUUUUUGGUUCCGCCGUUUGGGCCUCUCAGAAGGGCUUGGAUAUCGGGGUGCUCCCUUUUGCCCUUGGCCAGCUGUCAUAUGGCGUCUCCCUUCUCUUGGUCUAUUUCGCCUCAGGAUACCGCCUUGCGACUAGCACUGGAUUCUCGCUUUUACCCAAGCGACUCAAUUCUAGCAACACCGUUGUCUUUGUGUUAUCCUACUUUUACAAGCCGACGGUCAGCCUUGCGGGAAGUAUGAUGGCCCAAAGCUUGGUGAAGCAUCUCCUUACCCAGGGCGACACCUUUCUUAUUUCACUCUUCUCGACUCCCAAGGUGCAGGGUGUGUAUGCCUUGGCGAAUAACUACGGCAGCCUUCUCGCCCGCUUGCUCUUUCAGCCCGUCGAGGAGAGCAGCCGCAGUUACUUUUCCCGUCUCUUAUCUUCGCCGUCUUCAUCCAACAGCGGACAGGUCUCGUCGCAGCCAUCCUCAUCAGUCAAGGAGGCAAAACGCAAUCUACACACCAUCUUGCGUCUAUAUAUCCUCUUAUCUUCCAUCAUUGUCAGCAUUGGACCCUUUGCGGCCCCCGCGCUUCUCUCCAUUGUGGUAGGUAGCCGUUGGGCUGGUUCAGGAGCUGGCCAAGUUUUGGGAACCUAUUGCUUCUACAUUCCUUUCAUGGGGCUCAACGGAAUCACCGAGGCUUUUGUUGCUUCUGUCGCCACCGAGGCGCAAGUGCAUCGCCAGUCGUUUUGGAUGGGCAUCUUCUCAGCCGUCUUUGCAGCAUCUGCGUUCCUUUUUAUGAGCGUCUUUCCGCUCGGCGCUCAAGGUCUAGUCUAUGCCAAUAGCAUCAACAUGCUGUGUCGAAUCAUCUGGAGUGGCGCCUUCAUUGUCAGCUUCUUCAAAUCUCAUGGCCUCGACUUUGCACCCUCAUCGCUAUUCCCGACAACUACAAUCAUCGCUUCUCUAUCAACCUUGAUACUUUUACGAUUCCUCGACGUUCAAGAAGAUGGCGAGAAACAACCACUCGCGACGUUGAUCAAGAUUGCUGGCUCUGCCAUCCCAUUACUACUCCUAAUUGUAUUUCUAGAGCGCAAGUUUCUUCUCGAAUGCUUCCAGUCUAUCCGAGGCCGCAAAGCAAGCAAACGCGAGUAA